UCCAUCCGGGUACCCCGCCCUCCCUAGUACCCCCCUUAGCCCCUCCAUCCGGGUACCCAACAUCCCCUUAGCCCCUCCAUCCGGGUACCCAGCCCUCCCUAGUACCCCCCUUAGCCCCUCCAUCCGGGGCCAGCCCCGCCCCGCCCGCCGGCCCAGCCGGGCCCCGCUCCCUCCCGGCCAUGACGAUCCUGCCCAAGAAGAAGCCCUGCCCGGCGGCGGGGGACGGGGAGCGGGACCCGCCGGGCGGCCCCCCCCGCGCCGCGGCCCCGGGCGGGGUGGGCGGCCCGGACCCCCACCCGCACCCGCACCCGCGGGGGGGGCCCGGCCCGGACUCGCACCCGCGGGGGGGGCCCGGCGGCGGGGGCGGCCCCCCCGCCGGCCCCGACCCCCGCGGCGGGGGGGCCCGAUCCCGGGCCUCCCCUCCCCCGCCCCGCUGGGGGGCGCCCCCCGCCGGCUCGCCGCCGCCGCCGGGCCCCGGCGGGGUGGGGGGCGGCGGGGACCCGCUCGCGGGGCUGGACGGGGCCCCGCUGCUCGGCGCGGGCGAGGCCCGAGGCGGGGGCUGCUGCUCGGGGCCGGGGCACAGCAAGCGGCGGCGGCAGGGGGGGGCCGGCCCGGGCAGCAGCCCCGAGCGGGACGAGGCCGGCGGCGGCGCCGGCUGCAACAGCGAGGACGAGUACGAGACGGCGGCGGCCCGCGGGGAGAGCAUGGACCCGGCCACCGUGGAGCAGCAGGAGAACAGGUUUGAGAAGUCGCUGCGGGAGAAGAAAGGUUUCAUCAUCAAGCAGAUGAAGGAGGAUGGGGCUUGUUUGUUCCGGGCCGUGGCUGACCAGGUCUAUGGAGACCAGGACAUGCAUGAAGUGGUCCGGAAGCACUGUAUGGACUACCUGAUGAAGAACGCCGAUUACUUCUCCAACUAUGUGACUGAAGAUUUCACCACCUACAUCAACCGUAAGCGGAAAAACAAUUGCCACGGCAACCACAUUGAGAUGCAGGCCAUGGCGGAGAUGUACAACCGGCCCGUGGAGGUGUACCAAUACGGCACAGAGCCCAUCAACACCUUCCACGGCAUCCAGCAGAACGAGGACGAGCCCAUCCGGGUCUCCUACCACCGCAACAUCCACUACAACUCCGUGGUGAACCCCAACAAGGCCACCAUCGGCGUGGGGCUGGGUCUGCCCUCCUUCAAGCCAGGGUACGCGGAGCAGUCGCUGAUGAAAAGCGCCAUCAAGACGUCGGAGGAGUCGUGGAUCGAGCAGCAGAUGCUGGAGGACAAGAAGCGAGCGACCGACUGGGAGGCCACGAACGAGGCCAUCGAGGAGCAGGUGGCCCGAGAGUCCUACCUGCAGUGGCUGCGGGACCAGGAGAAACAAGCCAGACAGCCCCGGAAAGCCAGCGCCACCUGCAGUUCGGCCACGGCAGCGGCGACCAGCGGGCUGGAGGACUGGAGCAGCCGCUCCCCGCGCCAGCGCAGCUCGGCCCCGUCCCCCGAGCACCCCGACCUGCACGGCGAGAUCACCGCCCUGAAACCGCCCUCCCCGGGCGCCGCCGCCGCCCUGGCGCUGCCCAAGCCGCCCUCGCCCUGCGCACCAGGCACAAGCAGUCAGUUAUCGGCAGGAGGCGGCCGAGCGACCCCACCCUUAGUGUCCUUGUACCCGGCCCUGGAGUGCCGGGCCAUCAUGCAGCAGAUGUCCCCUACUGCGUUCGGUCUGACGGACUGGGACGAGGACGAGAUCCUGGCCUCGGUGCUGGCGGUCUCGCAGCAGGAAUACCUGGAGAGCAUGAAGGGAUCCCUGCACAGAGACAGCCCCGCCGACAAGAGUUGAUAAUGAAUGGAGACUGUCGCCCCCCCCCCGGCCCCGAGCCAGGGCCCCCCCACGGCGCAAACGGAGCCCAAGAACCGGGGAGAAAACCCAACCGGCCGCCUGCGCUGUCGUCCCGUCUGGCGCCAGCUGGGGGCGCUGGACAGGAGCGAGGGAGCCCUGGAAACUACGUCUCCCCCCCGCCCCCACCGCUCUGGGUCUGGGGGGUGGACGCCGCAGACGGAGCCGGUCUCAGGCUGGAUUUGGGGGGGUCUGCGAAGGGGGCGUCAGGCGGGGGCCUCCCUCCCCUCUCGUGGGGGUUGGGGGGCGCAGCAGCGGCGAGGGGGGGGCGGCUGAGCACGCCCCUGUAUUGAAAGGGGGGAGCAUGCCCCGGCCCCCUGUAUGCCCCCUGACCUUCCCCUGGCGUCCUGCCCCUGACCCCCCAGCAGCCCCCCAGCUGCACGCCCCCGAGAAGCACCCCACUCUGCCCCCCUCCCGGGGGGAGCUACAGGCCCAGCCGGGGGGCUAAGCUCAUGGGGCUGGUGCCCCGUGAGUGACCCCUCCAGAGCCGGUUCAACCAGCUGUGGAAAGACCCUCCCCGGUUGCCCCCCGGCCCUGCUGGGGGGUCCCUGGGGUUCCCCCCACUCAGAUCCAUCCAGUGACACCCCCCAGCAGCAUCGGCCCUGGCUGCUGUGCCGGCCCUGGCCGGGCGCGGGGGCGAAUUCCCGCAGCGGGUCACCCUGGCACCUAGCGCUGGCCGCGGCCUCCUGCAAGGCGAAGCCAGGGGAGGGGGGGCUGGGCACGGGAGCUGCUGGUUAAUUCCUCCCCAAGUGACACCCCCCGCCAGGGCCUGAUAAUAGCGGGGGGGUGCUGUGGACUGGGGGGGCCAAGACACACGAUAAGGCCCCCUGUUGUGCUACCCCAGAGCUGCUGGGGGGGGUCACCCAGCUGGGCACUGCCCUGACCCCCCUGCCUGAGACGGGGGCCCCGACCGGCCAGGUCCUGCCCAGGAGCGAGGCCCCCCCAGCCCACGUGCUGCCCCCAACACCACAUGGGAAGGGGGCCCCGUCGAGCCCCCCACGGCGCCCGGGGCACAGACGCAGCGAGGGACGGUCCUGGCCCCCCAAAAACAGCUUCCAACUUAAAGAAAUUGAAUUGAUUGUU